ACACAGAAGUGAACCUUCUUUUCUUGGGUGUUGGGGUUUAAUUCACCUAAGUUACAAAUUACAAUCCCUCACAAAAUUCAAUCAAAUCGAAACCAAAAAGAACCAAAAUUUGAAAGAAGAUGGCUGGUGAGAUUCAAUUUGAUGAUUCUACACUGAUUAACACCGUUGAGAUCCUUCUCAAGACUGUUGGUCCUGCUCGACCUUCUCGCCUAAAAGUUCCUUCUACCAUUAAGGUGUGUGAUUUGAGAAAAUUAGUUGCUGCAAAUAAACAUUUACCGAUUGAGACUUUGAGGCUUAUUUCGCGUGGAAAUGCAUUGCAUGAUAGAAAAAAUGGAGAAGAUGUCUGUGUUCAACUUGCAGAUGGUGAUAGCUUGAUUGUAGCAGUUAGACCGAAGGCACCACCAAAGCAUGUUAGAGCUGAAUAUGAUGACGAUGAUGAGGAUGAAGACGAUAUGAAGUUCCAGCUCCCAGAGUCAACAAGUCGAUGGAAGUGGAGGCUCUUUUGCUUUUUACAUGAUAAGUUGAAGCUUCCUGAUAUUGUUUUGAUCGCGAUCUACUCUCUCAGCUUAAAGGCAUGGGCCUUUAUCAUCCUAUGGUUCAUCCUGGCUCCAGUUUCAUAUCGAUGGGAUCUAGGACCAUUAUAUAUACUUGGAACAGGAUUUGCUAUCAUCUUUUAUAAUCUUGGACAUCGUCAAACAGGUGAACUCAGUGCGUAUUCAAUCUUCAAUGAGGACUUCAGAGAACUACCAGGAACUCUCAAUGCAGACCGCCUGGACAGAGACCUACGAACAGGUCAGCUUUAAGGUGAUGGUACAGCAGGCCUUCUAUUUGUAUAAACUAGUGGAACUUCGGCUUUCAGUGCUCUGCUGAUCCUGCAUUCAGUGCUCAAGCGCCUUAUUAUGCAGAGUACCUUUAGACAUAUGUAAGCACCUUUUUUUUGUGGUAUAGGUUUUUCAUGCACCAAUCUCCAAAAGAAAAAAUAGAAAAGAAAAAAUUGAUAGCAACUGUAAAACUUGAUGUAAAGCUUCUCAACACAAAAAUUCUGAUUUACACUUGUUUUUCUUUAACAGCAUUUUUUGUAUUGUCAGUUUGUUAUUCCAUCCUUUCCUGUAGAGGUUGUGUACUUGUGUAAAUGUAUCAAAUUUGCUAGCUGAUGCGUGUGUAUAUAAUCUAUUUUGUUAA